GCAGGGAUUAGCAUCCGGGAUAACCACCAGCCAGCGUUUCAGGGGCAACAACAAAAGAGACGACUUCUCACCGAAGUGACGCCAUUUUCUGUGCGAAUAAAGAAGCAGGUGGGGCAGCCAAACCCAUUAAAGCGAGAUAUACACGCCUGUAGGAUGAGCAGCCUGAUCAACUUCCUCAACCCGAAGCUCAAGCCCUCCGUGGAGAGCGAUGCCGUCUGCGAGGAUGGCUACACGGCGGCCAAUCUGGUGGCCGACGACAUGGAGCAGCUGGAACGGGGAUUCAUGUGCUUCGCCGUCUGCAAGCCGCCCAUUGAGAUUGUCUUUGACUUUCCCAAGGCGGUGGACAUGAAGGUCAUCAAGCUGUGGCCCUCCUGCGGCGCCCUGCGCUCCACCGCCUUCGAGCUCCACGGACGACACGAUGGCAUCUGGGAGCGAGUGGCCUUUGUUCGCGACUUGGGACGCGGUGUGGAUUCGGUGACCUUCUGCUAUCAGAGCGACUACAACUCGCGGAGCAGCUCGAAUUCGGAGCAGAGCGAGAAGGUGUUCUUCUUCAAGUCCGCCCACAAGAUCCUGGCCAGCACAAAUAGCGUGAAGGUGGUGAUCCGGGCCACCGAGCGAUGUCCUCCUGUCCUGCGAAAGGUGCAAAUGUGGGGGCUGCCUGCUCGUUCGCUGGACAAAGCCGAUCGGGAGCUGGUCAAGAGCAUCUGGAGCGAGAUCAGCGAUCCCUAUGGUCAGAGGGACGCGGCCCAGACGCCCACGGGCCAAAGGUCGCCGCCGCGUCAUGUGCCCGAACUCAGGGAGCAGUCCACACUCUCCAUUCCCGAGGAGUUCCUCGACUCCAUCACCUGGGAGCUAAUGAUCUUCCCCACCGUGCUGCCCUCUGGAAAAGUGGUGGACCAGUCGACCAUAGACAAGCACGCCGAGGAGGAGGCCAAAUGGGGCCGCCAGCCCUCGGAUCCCUUCACCGGUCUGGAGUACAAUGCGCAGCGCAAGGCGAUCAUCAACCUGGCUCUCAAAGCGCGCAUCGAAAAGUUCCUCAUGGAGCACUCGGAGCACUUUAAGGCGGUGCCGCGCAGCCUGGGAACCUCCCGCCUGCGUCGCCGCCACGCCUCGCAGUUCGCCAGCAGCACCUGCCAGCCGGGACAGAUUAGCCCGGCUGCGGGAACCUAUUCGGCGCUGAGCAGUGCCUACAAGCAGCAGCAGCGGAAGAGCAGGGCCACCGCCACGGCCACCUCCUCGUCAUCGGCGGCGAUAUCCUCGGGGGCAUCGCCCCACUCACCGCCGGCGGCUAAGAGGGCGAGGCACAGCCAUCAAGGGAGCAGCAGCGCCUGUGCCACUGUCACCUCGGCCGCCACCACCUCCAUCGAUCAGGCCAUUCAGCAGGCGCUGCAGAAGGUGACACGCUUCAGCCAGCUGGCGACGAACUCCAGCACAGCAGGUGCUGCUCCUCCUCCUCCUCCUUCGAGCUGCAUCAACUGCCGGAGCGCCCAGUUUGGCUACGAGAUACGCACCUGCCGCCAUUUGGUCUGUCGCGAGUGCCUGGUGCUCCUCUCGCGCGACCAGCAGUGCGUCUGCAAAGUAUUCUUCCGCGGCGCCGAUGUCGAGCGCUACCACAAGCUGGAUCCUUAAGAUCGCUGCAAUAAGCUUGGUUCUCCCUUAGAGUUUGUAAGCCAGUCGUCAGUCGUCAAUCGCUUUAGCCCCUAGGCCUCGUCUACUUUAGUUUAUAGUCAUAUCAGAAGCAGGAGUCGGUCUGUAGAGAAGCCAAAUGUGUACACGGGCGAAUCCUUAACCGAUUCGUCGGCAGUAUGUAUCAGUAUCAGGUCACACGUUUAGUCAUAGAGCAGAUUACAGAUUACGGAUUACGGAUUACCGAUUAGCAAUAGAGAAAGCGCGCCUAGUUUUUGUAGACACUUUAUAUACAGUCCCCAAAAGACAGGAUCAGGAUCAGGAUCGUUCAGCGCGAGUUUAUAUAUUCAUACCACUUAUACCUAGAAUAAAGUACAAUAAAACUAAAGCCGAUUGUGUAAUCAGA